UGUCAUAGAGUGGCCUGUAUGAGAAAUAGGUGGUGAGUUCUGAGAGGAGAGAAGGAGGAAAGGGGUGGAGAGAGAUACAAAAAAAAAAAAAACUUGCUGGCACCGUCUGCCAUAUCCACAGCAGAUCUCAGCAUUUAUCGCAUCGCCGCAUCUAACCCUAAACUGUGUCUAACUGGCGGUUUCCACAGAGGCUGCACUUUGCAGGGUUCACUUUCCAUAGAGAGGGAGUUGUCUCGCUGCUGAUGCUGGGGAGACCAACCCUUUAUCUCCCAUCUCGAAUCGCCAUCCCACCCCUCUGCGCAGCAGCUGAGUCUACACCGGGCUUUAUUAGGACACGCUGGAUGGCUUCUGCACUUACACCGGCGUGAAUCUCUUCCUCAUCAUCCUUUCUUUGAGUCUGCAAACAAAACGAACAGCAACAACAAUGACGGACCCGGCCCCCCAGGAAACCUACCCUGUCCCAGACCCGACUAUUGUGGAUCCCUUUACGGCUGCGAUGCGGAACGGCCAGUGCGCCCAGGAUGGCUUCACCAACAACCACCACCAGCCUACCAAGAGCCCCGGCCAGCCCGAGACGCUCCCCACGGGCCAGGAGAUGAAAAUCACAGACAGUGUGGAGGGAGAAGGUCUUCUCGAGAGCAGCAUGCGGCUGAAGCCCCACGAAGCUCAGAGCUACAGGAAGAAGGCCCUCUGGGUCUCCUGGGUCUCCAUCGUGGUCACGCUCAUAAUGGCUGUGGCAGCUUUCACUGUAUCAUUCAUGAGACACAGCGCGUCAGCCUUCGGAUUUGCCUUUAAUGCUACGCUGGACAUCCUCUCAUCAUUCAUUGUCCUUUGGCGCUACAGCAACGCAGCAGCUGUGCACUCUGCACACAGAGAGUACAUAGCAUGUGUGGUCCUCGGGGUGGUGUUCGUCCUCUCCUCCCUGUGCAUCCUUGGAAAGGCCAUCCAUAAUCUGGCUACCAGGGAGCCUCCUGAAGUGGACGACUUCCUCUACAGUGUGUCUAUAGUGAGCGGAAUCACAUGUGCUGUGCUAGCUGUGGCCAAGUUCAUGCUGGGAAGGGUGCUGACUAGCCGGGCACUUAUCACUGACGGGUUUAACUCUAUUGUUGGUUCUAUCAUGGGAUUUUCCAUUCUGAUCAGCGCUGAAGUCUACAAGGACCACGUUGACGUCUGGUUUUUGGAUGGCACCCUCGGAGUUCUCAUUGGACUCAUCAUCAUGGCCUAUGGCGUCAAACUCCUGGUGGACAUGGUGCCCCGCGUGAGGCAGACGAGGAACUACGAGCGCUUUGAGUGAAUGUGUGUUGGGCAGGUUCAAACACGUACACUUCCCCGCCCUCUUCUCUCUGUCUUUAUUACAUACUUUCCUGCACAUUUUACCUGAACAUGCAGCACAACACACGCUGUGAAUACUGUACAUAGUGCAUUCAGGCAUCAAGAAACACACAUUAAUGCACACACAAAGGCAGACAUCUGAUCAACUUUGACAGAAAAGGACUUGUUUGAAGACUUGUUUGAAGACCAAAUCCUGGAGAGAAAACACCUACAUACUUAUUGUCUGCCCUUUGUCACUUUCUGUCCAUAAAACCAGUUUAAAAAAGGCCCCUAGAAUAAGGAAAGCCACAAGACCUGAGAUUCCUGCCUUUUAGCAGUAUUUGUCUGACAUGGAGAUAACACUAGUUGCUCGAAUGACAUAUACACAAUCAAGACUACAGUAUAUUGAUUCAUCAUAGUGGAUAUAUUCAGGGUCUAAAUUACUAAAUGGUCAACAUUUUAUACACAGACAUGUUCUCCCACGGCAUAUCUUUUGAACAUGUAUAAUGAGAUUUGGAAGAGACAAACUCCAAGUCGAGGUCUGCUCACCAAUUUAAGGUUUCCUAUUUUUAUUUGUAAUUAUUAUUAAGUACAGGUGACUCUGUCCUUAAUCAGACACAAAUGGUUUCAAAACCCCAGCAGCCUCCUCUCUUCAAAGCAGCAACCUUAGAUCCUAAUUUGUUGCUGAAAGAGGAAGAGAGGGAAAGUAGAAGAGCACAUGUGCAGUCCUGAGUCAGCGAACACUGCUGCUCAAAGGCAUCAGCAAACACAAUGAGGUCAGCCUCGAUCUAGGAACUCAACUAAAAGCAAACAGAAGCACAUCGGCACUAAGGAUCAACAUUGAUGGCUAUACUGUGUGUAAUGUAUCCAAGCACAUUUCAGCACAGUGCCAGGUUUAGCACAAUGGGCGAUAACGUAUUAAAAAAUGAUUUGAGGGUAUUUAGUCAGUUUUGUCUUACCUGCUGUAACUGACUUUACAUAUGUUCCAUUGCCAUGUAGUGUAUAGUCUUUUGUUUUUUGUUUUUUUACAAACACAUGCAAUAACUACAAAUGUACUGAAACUGAUGAGUGCUCAUAAAUCCCAAGUUCUUUAUGGGUAAGAUGGGGAAAAAAACGUAAUAUGUUUCGGUUUUAACACCUCAUCACGUUAAGAUUAUGAAUAGAGUCAAAGGCACUACCAGAAAGCCUCUGGUACGAUUUUCUACAAUCCUUUUGAUUUAUAAUUUUCUCUAUGGAAUUUUGUACUGAAUCCGAUUGGGAUAUUUAUUACUUCUCUUAAUAUUUUAUUCAUGUUUCUUUUUACUUUUUCUCGUUGUUUUGCCUGCACAUUUUAAUGUGGAAAGUUGGAUAAGACAAAGUCUCAGACCUAAGACGAAACAAAGCACAAAGAUAAGCAGCCUGAGGGAAUAUCAUUUUCAGAGAUGCUGUUUCUUCCAAUCCUGCAUCUGCAUACCUGUGUAUUACUCAUUUGUUCUGCAUGUUACCAUUGUUAUCAACCAUUAUGUGCAAUGAACUGAAUGUAAAUACAAACCACACGGUCUGUAAAUAUGUUUAUUACACUGUUCGGGUGCAUCGGUUAAAAUUAAGUCAUAAAUAUAGUCGUCGUAAUUUACAUAAUAGGCUUUUCAGAUUAGACAGCAUAUUAUUCAAGUACAGGAUGAUCAAUGUUGCAUAUAGUUAUGAAUCCUUACUCUAUAGUGCUUAUAUUGUAAAUGUUGUUUUACAUAUUACUGUAAAUUAUUGGUGAAAUGACAUAAGUCUUACUGUAAAUGUUGCACUUUAAAUUAAAAAUAUCAGAGCGGAUGAAGGCGGCUGUCCAAGGAUCCUUUAAUUUCAAAAUAGGAGCUGAUUGUCAAGCAAAUCAUAAUUGAACAUGUUGAAAAUGAAUCGCUACACAAUUAUGCAUCACAAAUUACUUCAUAAUGUUAAACUCUAUGGGUGUCAUAACUUCAACCAGAACGUUUUUUUCAAAAAGUUGAAAGGCUAUGAAUUGCGUCACACAAUUGAGCGAUAUACCUCCAUUGUCAUCCUCUCAGAAGAAAUAGAAAACCCUCCAAAUUAGCAAUUUCACUCAUGAAACGUGAGGCAAAUUUGAGGCAAAAUUCUGUUUUGAUUUAUAAAGUAUAGAAAUAAAUUCACAUAACUAAUUCAGAGACCCUUUGCUUAGCACAAACAGAUUUGCAUGAGCUUUUUACCCAUGACCCAUAAUACAUUUUCCCUGUCUACAUGACAGAAUAUGGAUUGAGAGUGCCCCCUUGUGUUAAAAAGCCACAUGACAAAAGUUGUAAUUACUAUCUAGGAAAAUAGUCUCCAUUUAUUCCGAGCAGUAGCAUAUCCAAGGACAGUGAUUCUGACUACGCCUACAUCCACUCUACACUGUAACUAUCAACUCUCAGUUGACACACUGGACAAAGUGCAACAUUAUUGCUAUGAUAUUUUAUUUUAUUUUGUGAAUAGCUAUAACUGAAAGGUGUGAAUCCUCUCGCACCACUUCAACUCACCAACAGCACACUGAUUUGUAAUGUUUCCCCUCUGAUGCAUAAAAGACAAUCUUUACAGCGACUUUUACUAGCAAAGCACAGUGUUUACUUGCAAAUAACCACAUGACAAGGCACAGAACAAACUCUUAAUAAUGCUACGCUCUACUUGCGCUUUUGCUCAUAUGGAUAACUAUAUUGCGUUGAUUUUAGCAGUGAAAUCCUUUCUACCUCUUUGCAUUUUUUUGUGUUUUCAUGCUUUUUUCUUCAUGCUAUUUAAAAUGUAGGCCGGGUGCUGGGAUUGUGGCCCCUUACUCCUUAGUAAUGGGUGAUCUUUUGAAGCUGUUGCACUCAAUGUAAAGCAGGUCAGUGCAACAGCUGAAUACCAAAAUAAAUAGUCAUAUAUGUUGGAUAUACCUGUAAUUCUACGAUCACCAAAAAUUGCAGUUGCUUUUCAUUCAUCUAUAAUGUGAUUUUUGUUCUCUCCCACUGCCUAAAGACAUGUUUGAACUUUCCCACUCACUAUCAAAUUGCACAAACAUAACCUCCAUAUUCAUUUGCCGGGCAGUAUGAUAUCUAAUCAAUUUUUUUGUUCCAUUGAAAUAGCUCAGAAACAUGUCCAAUUUUUGCAGCUCGUGCCAAAUCAUUGAAAACACCAGUUCCUCUCUUCUGAUGUGUGUUUCAUUAAAUUAUACUGUGUAUUGUAUGGAUGAAUAGAUGUAUUAUUAUUAGUGCCACAAGAAGAGACAUCAAAUCAUUACUUUGACUUCAUUUCACAAAAUUAUGAUAGCAAUACUAACCACUUCUCUGUUGCUUACAGCUUUGCAUAGCUUCAGUGGUUACAGGUGCAUUGCAGCCAGCCACACACACACACACACACACACACACACACACACACACACACACACACAC